UAUCAUUUUAUCCCGUACUACUGAAAUUAUUGAUUAAUAUUUUUCUGUAUUAUUUACUUCGACAUAAUUACCUUAAAAAGAAUUAUUACGAAUAUUUCGUACUGGUAAGGCAUUCGCUUCUGUAAACUUGUUACGGCCAGUUAUCUCUGCCUAUAAUCCUUUUAUCCUGCAGUGCACAUAAUGGCAUAGACGAUGUGUACAUAAUACGCGACUUAGAGACAUGUCAGAAAAUGACGCUUGUGCAAGUGAUCAAAAUACAGAGGAAAACAGUUCUGAAGUGAAUGAUGUCGAGAAAUGCGUUAAAGAAGAUACCGAAAAGGACAGUGAAAAAUCGGACAGUGUCAAAAACGUGUCAAAGGAUGAAACGGCGACGGAAGAUAAAGUUUCAGAACAAAAAGGGACUCUGGAAUGGGAACUGGACGGUUUCAAGUGUAAAGUGAAAUGGAACUUUCCGGAAGGGACGACGACGCCGAAGGACUACAUCGCCUUGUGCUAUGCAGAGUCGGGCGGCGUCGUCGGGCGCGUGCCGGCGACCGGAUGCGCCAGCGGCGGCAUAAUGUGGCUGCUUGAUGAGCCCAAUCAGCCGUACGAAGACUGCGAGCAGCUGCUAUGUUUCCGGUACUACAAUGGCGAGGAGGAGGAGAUGGAAGCGGAGGCGCCAGCGCUGCCCGCGCGGCUUCGCGCGGAGCUACGCAAGCUCCCACAUCGCUUGAAGGAAGGCGUCUCGCGCAAGCGCGGUGGCGAGCGGCAACCACCGUUCUCGUACCACAACGAGAGCUUCGAGCUCGGCUCGGAGCCCGACCCCGCCGAGGUCGCUCGCCUCGUCGACAAAUGCUCAAUUAGCACUUUAGAAAGCAACGGGAACGAGCCAAAACUCGAACAAAAAUGUGAUCCUAGCAAAUUUGUAGAUACUAGUUUAAGUAAAGAAUCUCGAUCUGUAAAUAAUGAAUCUCGCGCGACGUCGUCGGGGGUGAAAAAGAAAUGUCCACCGCCGGUGGACACGGGUGGUGGGACGGACCUCGGUGUCAAGAAGAAGUCUAAAAUCAGCGGUUUCGAAUCACCUACGUCGCCCGGUACGGAGUACUACAAAAUAUGGUCGCCAAAGAAUCCUUGUAAGAUAAUGAAGUUUGUAUAUGAGGUGGAAGGAGGGAAGGUUCCUGGGGAAGGUCCGCGGUCUCCCGGGCCGCCGCUGCCGCCGCGCGCGGCGCACAAACCGCUGGAGCGCUCAAGGGCGCUCUCGCCUCCGCCCCACCCUCCGCAAGUGCCGCGACAUCGAAAACCCAAAAAACUCACUCAACCUGAAGACUCGUUCAACUUCGAAUUGAUCGAUACGGAUGAGCAGUUUUUUACAGACAACAAUAUCUCUAAUUCGGCGACGCUUCAGAGCGGAAUCAACGACUUUAAACCGGGAGAGUUUUACACCGGCAAACAGGUCGCCAUGUCUUCUACGGCGAGCUUCUGGCGAGGCGGGCAGAACGUCGCCCCGCUUGCGACGCCCGAAACCGACGGUAGCUUAUGUGAAUCUACAAUAUCUUCUAUGAAAUUAUCUAGGUUAGUAGAUGAGAAGAAAUCUAAAGAUGUACCUGAUGGUUCGCCUAGCGUAAGUAGGAAUAAGGUAUUAUUUAUUAAAGAUAUUGGGCCCGAUAACUACAUCACGACGACGUUCGCGAGGAAGGAUAAGGCCCCGACUGAUACCGUUGACGGUACGAAUCUCACGCCAAACCACGCCAAAUCAGAGGAGAAGGCGCAGCAUACGUUUUUAAAUGACAUUAGCAAUCACUCAGAAUUUGAGGAUGAUAAUAGGAACCAGAUAGAAGAGAAAGAAAUUACGACUUUGAAAGGUCACAAACCAUUGACGAGGCAGAAUUCAGGUCGCGCUACGCCUACAAUGAUGACUGCGUUUUUAAAUUCGCACUCAUCUCAUACCGCAUCGACAACUCAAGAACAGCCCGAUAACGGCAGCUCUAAUGCUCCUAGUUCAUGUAACUCUUCACAUUCGACGUCUCCGGUUGAAGACGGCAACAAGACGCUACCCAGCGUAGGGACGAUGAUUAUGAAUAGGAAGUACUCUUGCGAGAGUUCAACCCCAAAGCAUUCCAGUUUGCCGCGGCAUCUGCUAAAGAACUUGGGUUGCGAAGGAACACCAAAGCAUUCACCGACAAACAGCGGGAUGAAUAGCCCAGUGCGGCCGCAUCCAAGAGUCUUGACAAGGGUGGCAGCUCUAGCGGGGGCAGCACCUCAAUGUCCACCGACACCGACACACCACGCGCGCCGCCCGCGCCCCGCGCCGCCGUCAGACCUCACGCCACCUCCAAUACAAAACUCAGAAAAUUUCGAAAUGGUCGAGUUCACCAACGAACUCCGUACAACAGAGAUCAGAUCUCCCAACAUGGAGUUCGCGAACAGCAACCAUUUCACCAUCGUCCACGCUGGACCUCCUGAGGACGUUGUCCUACGAAGACCUAGACCAGAAGACAGUGAUGAUAAUGAGAAUGCUGUAGCCUCGCCUACGCCUCUAAGGCAUAUGGCGGGCAUAAGACUUCCUUCGAUCCCUGAAAGGGCGUCGAGGCAGAUGGCGUUGACUGGAGAUUUUCCCGCCAAUAUGAUUGGCGGGAUUAUCGAGUGCGAAGAACCUUUACCAGCAGGCUGGGAGGCUCGCAUGGAUAGCCACGGGAGAGUGUUCUACAUCGACCACAUCAAUCGGACCACGACGUGGCAAAGGCCAGGGGCGAAUGGGGCCACUCCGAGAUCGCCUGCGCCAGAGGUGCAGAGGAGGCAGUUAGAUAGGAGGUACCAAUCAAUUCGGCGCACAAUGACGCGCGCACAGCUAGAAGCGGAGCGAGCGUCGCCGCCGCCCGCGCCGGGGCCCUCCCGCGCGCCCGCCGCCGCGCCGCACCCCGCCGCCGACUUCCUGGCCCGACCAGACUUCUACUCCAUCCUGCACAUGAACCAGGAAGCGUCAUCACUAUACAACUGCAACUCCACCCUGAAGCACAUGAUAUCUAAAAUCCGUCGAGACACAAGUUCUUUCGAGCGCUACCAACACAAUAGGGAUCUUGUGGCUUUAGUCAACAUGUUCAGCGACACAGAGAGGGACUUACCGCUCGGCUGGGACACGAAAUUGGACCGUAACGGCAAGCGCUUCUUCGUGGACCACGUGAUGCGGCGCACGACGUUCAUGGACCCGCGCCUGCCGCGCGCGCCGGCCGCGGGGCCCUUCUCGCCGCUGCUGCCCGCGCGGCGCCGCCCGCUCGCGCUCGACCAGAUUGACAUGAAAUACCUUUGCUUCGGAAUCGGGCCCACUCCGGCCCCGACGCCGCCGCCGCGGCCGCCGCUGUCGGCUGGAGACGCGCACGCGCGCACCAUGCAGGAGAUACCCGUCGCGUACAAUGACAAGGUGGUAGCUUUUCUCCGCCAACCGAACAUCAUGUCGAUCCUUCGAGAACGUUGCGGGGGCUCCGGCAGCGCUCCAAGAGACAAGGUCAACGCGGUCCGAGUGGAAGGAGUCCCGGCGCUGAACAGAUACCAGAACGACGUUCAGCUGACCUGCAUGCUAAGCCUGUUCGAACAGGAGAUCAUGAGCUACGUGCCGGCGGAGGGCCGCGCGGCGCCAUCGCCGGCCGCGUCGCCGGCGGCCGCACGCAGCACCCGCGCGCCCGCGCCGCAGAGACGGGACUUCGAGGCUAAGCUGCGGGCGUUCUAUAGGAAGCUGGAGAGCAAGGGCUACGGCCAGGGGCCCGGAAAACUAAAGCUCCACAUCCGCCGCGAGCAUCUUCUAGAAGACGCAUUCCGCCGCAUCAUGUCCUGCGGCAAGAAGGAACUGCAGAAGGGCAAGCUCUGCGUGCUCUGGGACGGCGAGGAAGGCCUGGACUACGGCGGGCCCAGCCGGGAGUUCUUCUUCCUGCUGUCGCGGGAGCUGUUCAACCCGUACUAUGGACUGUUCGAGUAUUCCGCCAAUGACACAUACACAGUCCACGUGUCGCCUAUGUCUGCGUUUGUCGACAACCAUCAUGAGUGGUUCCGAUUCUCCGGCCGCGUGCUAGGCCUGGCGCUGGUGCACGGCUACCUGCUAGAAGCCUGGUUCACUCGCGCCCUGUACCGCGCCCUGUUGCGGCUCUCGCCCGCGCUCGAAGACGUCGACGCGCUGGACGCGCAGUUCGCCGCCUCGCUGCGGUGGUUACAGUCCGCCCGCUGCGUGUCAUCACUAGAGCUAACAUUCGCGGUGUCAGAACGUCUCGCGGACGGCCGCGUGCUGGAGCGCGAGCUGAAACCAGGCGGCCGCGAUGUGCCCGUCACGGAGAGGAACAAGAAGGAAUACCUCGAGCGGGUGGUGCGCUGGAGGGUCGAGCGCGGCGUGGCCGAGCAGACCGAGUGGCUCGUGCGAGGCUUCCAUGAGGUGGUGGACCCGCGGCUGGUGGGCGCGUUCGACGCGCGCGAGCUGGAGCUGGUGAUCGCGGGCGCGCCCGAGCUGGACGUGGCGGACUGGCGCGCGCACACCGAGUACCGCGGCGGCUACCACGACGCGCACCCCGUCAUCGUGUGGUUCUGGCAGGCCAUCGACAGGUUCACGAACGAGCAGCGGCUGCGCCUGGUGCAGUUCGUGACGGGCACGUCGUCCAUCCCGUACGAGGGCUUCUCGGCGCUGCGCGGCUCCACGGGCCCGCGCCGCUUCUGCAUCGAGCGCUGGGGCCGCGUGGACUCGCUGCCGCGCGCGCACACCUGCUUCAACCGCCUCGACCUGCCGCCCUACCCCACGCCGCAGCUGCUGCACGAGAAGCUGCUGCUGGCCGUCGAGGAGACCAACACCUUCGGUAUCGAGUGAACGCUGUGCGAGUGCGAGAUGGACUUCCGAAACGCCCCGCUAAUGCUAUAGAGCGAUACGGGCGGCCGGUGUCAAAUUUGAGAUGUCCUAUGAGACGAUGCCCAGGUUCUAAAAUGUGCAACGUUUUCAUUGGGUACUUAUACGAACCUAUAUUAACUCGUACAUUUCCAUGCAGUAGUAUCGCUCUAAGUUAGUGUCGUAAAUGAAACCGAAUGUAAAUAGUAGUCAAUUGACAGCGGAGUAGUGCCUAGAUACCCUAUCCUAUAUGUCGAGGUUUGUACUUUAUUAACGCUUGUAUCGUAAGAUAAGUGAAGUGUACUGUGGCUGUGAAACGGGUUCGGUCCCGUGUUUAGAUAUUACGCUUUCGUCACUAAUUUAUAAUUGUAUAUGCUGUAACUUUCCCGAUUUUGUUUUUGACAGCUCCGCUCAUGGCAGCAGUCACCUUAUUACCUACUAAAUAAAAGUAACAGUAAAAAUAAACUAGUGUGAAAAUAGAAUACUGAAAAAAAAAUAUAUCUGUAAUAUCAGUUUAUUUUUAAAAUAUGUCAUAAAUAUUCCAUUACACUGCGCUAGUCAGCUAUUUAAUACCCACAUAAUGCUUAGUUGUGAGUAGUAGAAGCGCCAAAAUAUCCUCUUGUUAUGACCGGCCCCAUAAUAAAGUAUGCUUGUUAUGUUAUAUCAUAAAUUGCAAAGUUAAGCUGGGCAUGAAGAAGAGGAAAACUUUGACUGUUUAAUUUUUAUUUAAAAAUGAAACGAGCUCUUUGUAAGUAACACAUGUAUCAUGCUCAAAAUUAUACAGCAUCAUAAAAAGCAACUGUUCUUAGUAAGAAAACACCUAAAGAUGUGAACAAAUGUAAAUACCUUAUUUAUUGCUUAUGUACUCAUUAAAUUGAUGUGAGUUCAUGUUUAUUUUUAAGUGAUAGCUCUAUUAUGUUGAAUAUUUAACUACCUUUGUGUACUGUUUUAUUGUGUAAAUUUUAAGUCAUUUGUUUUCGUGUGAAAGUGACAAAAUGUGUCAAUAUACAAUAUUACUUACAUAAA